AUGUUCCAGUGGACCUAUGACGACAUUGUAACCGACCCUGCCUGUGUACUACAUUGGAUGGUGGAUGGGGUGGAGUUGGAAGGAGGAGCGUGGGAUGAUUCACAUACGCCUCCUAUUCUUUCUGCGACGUUCUUUGGAUGGAUCCCGCAGCUGUUGCGCAUCCCCGAAGGCGAGAUGCUUGAUAUUGUUGGUCUUGAUGCGGUCAUGUUGCUUCGGUUCUUUGCUAUGGCUAUCAAACUGUUUGCCGGCUGUUUGAUUCCGGGCAUGUUGAUCAUUUGGCCAGUUAACUACUACUCAACAAAGGAUGGCCGCGAUCCUUCACAACCAGACGAUGACGACGAUGACAUCCCGCUUUACAGCCGAGCCACACCAGCAGAAGGAUUUCAGGGAACAUCGAUGCUCUACCUCUUUACUCAGUUCACCUUCACCUGGGUGUUCUCGCUCCUCACCCUGUUCACUCUCUGGAAGUCCUACGAGGGAUACGUCUCUAUCCGUCGCAAGUUCAUGUUGCAGCGCGCCAAGACAAUCACCAACCGUACUGUGAUGGUGGUAGGCUUGCCCAACCAUUUACAGAACGACCGUGCUCUGGCCACUUUUUACGAGUCACUCGGAGCAGGAAGUGUGGAGAGCGCCCAUGUUGUUCGACAUGUGAGGACAUUGAAGCGCUUGAUUGAACAACGUGAGCACGCCUUGAAACAACUCGAGCGAGUGUACACACGCUAUUAUGGCAACCCCUCAAAGUUCCCUGGAUAUGACCCGGAUAAGAUCAUGGCUGACGAUGAACGUGCGCUGACUGAGCACGUUGAGGAAAUGGAAGAUCAUGACGCUGUGACGACCGAGAGCUCCUCGUUGCUCCGGCCUGCACCCAAAGGAAAGAAGCGACCGACUACACGGCUGGGACUCUGGGGGCUCUUUGGCAAGAAGGUUGACAAGAUUGACCAUUGCCGGGAGGUGUUUACUACACUUGACAAGGCUGUUCAGAAGAUGCGCAUGUCCCGCAUCUUUGCAACCACCGCCGUCGGUUUUGUUACCUUUGAGGAGAUGCGCUCCGCCCAAACCCUAGCGCAGACGGUGAACACACAGGAGACGCUCAGCUGCGAGACAUCAACGGCACCGGAACCUCGCGACGUUUACUGGGACCACCUAAUCCUGCCACCAUCCGAGCUCACCAUCCGCUCGGUUGUCGUCAACACCACGGUCUUCUUCCUCAUCUUCUUCUGGGCUGGUCCCAUUGCUGUCUUUUCUUCGUUCCUGAACCUCGAGACUCUCGAAAAGCUCCUCCCUGGUAUCACUGUUAUUGCUGAAUCUAACCCUGCCAUCAAGUCGGUGCUUCAAGGUUUCCUCCCCACAGCCGGUGUCUCGAUCUUCCUUGCUGUCGUCCCCAAGCUCCUCGAGGCCUUGUGCAAGAGCCAAGGCAUCCAGUCUCACUCGGGCAUUGCGCGGUCGCUCUACAACAAGUACUUCACCUUUAUCCUGUUCAACGUUGUCCUCGUCUUCACGGUGGCUGGUACAUGGGCCCAGACAUUCAACAAGGUAUAUCACAACCUUGGCGAGCUGACGUUGCUGUUAGCUACCUCGCUUUCGCGCGUUGCACCCUUCUUUGUCAACUUUUUGGUUCUGAAGGGUAUCGCCAUGUACCCCAUCCAGCUUUUGCUGAUUGGCGACGUCUUCAAGCAGAGCUUCCACGGAUUCUUGUCCAAGACACCUCGCGAAUAUGCCGAGACGCGUGCCCCUCCAGAGCAGGACAUUGGAGUCGUCUACUCUAAUGCCACCCUGGCAUUUGUCAUCGUCUUGAUAUACUCUUGCAUGAAGCCAAUCAUCCUGUUGUUUGGUCUGCUGUACUUUACUCUCGGAUACGUCGUUUACAAGUACCAGAUCCUUUACAUCUUUUUCCGCCCCAACGAGUCGAAUGGAGAGAUCUGGCCCAUGGUCUACAACCGCAUUAUGAUCGGCCUUCUCAUCUUUCAGUCGACCAUGGUUGGUGUCCUUAUGUUGAAGAAGUCGUAUAUUUUUGGCGCUCUUUUGGUCCCUCUUCCUUUUGGUACCGUGUGGUUCUGGGUCUGGACAACAAAGGCGUACAAGGUGACGGCACAGUAUGUACCCUUGGAGUUGCUUCGCCCCGAGGGACCCGAUUCACAGCUGGUCUCGACCUCUUCUGCGCCAGCAGUGCUCCCCUCAGCCAUUGGAGCCGCAGAUCAAGUUCCAGGACACGUUUUGAUCGAUGUUGGACAGCCCACCGAAGUGACUUCGGCAACAACCAACGGCGCCGCCGCCACCAAUGGCCAGGCUAACGGCAUUGCAGUUGCGACAGCUACAGCGGUCAUUACGCCAGGAGGCAGUCAACGUUUAAUCCCCAAGAGUGCAGUGGAGGACGACGACUACCAGGCUAUCCCAGACCGAUACACGGACUACAGACAACCACCCAUGACCUUAUACCCUGGUGUGCUGAACUCUAACAUGCGACUGUACAUCAGCCCAGCCAUUUCAGGGCCAUUGCCUACAUUGUGGUUACCUUUGAGGAAGACCAGCGAUGGUAAGAAACCCAACCGCGACGAGGAAUCACAGAUUGGAGACGGACAUGGAUCGGACUCUGAUUCUGACGACGGGCAUCACAUUCACGACCAUGUUGAGUCUGCGCUGCAGCGGCCGCCAUUCAAGCUUCCCACCAAGUCGUCGGAUGAACCCCAGAGCUACGAUGAGGGUGAUAACCUUGUUGGAGGCGGACAGGACGAAUCCAUCUCUGCCCAGACCGGCUCUUCUAGUGCUACUAUUACCUCCAAAUCUCUUCCUGCACCUGCACCAAGUCGUGGACCUCAAGUAGUAUCUAACGUCGUCUCGGAGCCAGCGCCAUCUGUCCCCACUGCAGGAGCAGGAACCACCUCCUCUUCUAGCAACACUUCUCCUACUACUACUGCUCCUGCAGAUAGUACCGAGGAUUCGAGUGCUUCUGCUGCUACUCCAGCAAAGCCCAACCCAGCGGUUGAUGGAUUGAACGAGGUGUAUUACCACCACCCUGAACGAGCGCCCUCGGAAGCCACUGUUGACGCGACACCAGAGACAGAGUCCUCGGAAGCGACAGCACCGCGUGUUCGUACUGUGCAGGGCCAAGGCUCUCGCGCUGAUCUUCUCCAGCAGCAGCAGCAAUAG